GUGGAUAUAAUUUUGCUGUAAUCUUAAAUUUAGUCAAUUUGCCAUGCAACAACAACAACAGCGACAAAUGCUAAAUGUAAAGAUAUGGCAAAAUCGUCGGCAUUGCUCUCAGAGCUGAGAGGCGCUGUUACCUACUGGUUUCAGUCCAAACGCACACCAGCAAGAACAACAACAACAACAAAAACGACAGCGUACCAAGAUGAUGAUAAUGAUGUUAAUGUGGACGAUGAUGACGAUGAGUUCCAACUGCUCACGCAAAGCAUUUGCAAUAUAUUGGAGCACGGCUUCAAACAAAGCGCGCUUGUUGGCGAUGCCUUGCAACGCUUGAUUGACGACUUUGAGUUUCUGCGAGUGACCGAACAAAUGCAGCAUCAUCGUCAUCAUCAGCAGCAUCUUGGGGAUGCACUGCAUCUGACGUCACGCUCGGCUGGGGACUUUCUGCGUGAGUGGGUGACGCGCUGCCUGCACUCACGCUGUCUGUCGCAGUGCCUGCAAUCGUUGGUGGCCGACAAGGAGCUGCUCGACUGCUACUAUCAGCGAAGUGUGGCCUUUCUCUGCCAGAGCCGGUAUGCGACGGCAUUGUUCGUCUGCCUCACGGCCAUCCAGCUGAAUCAGUAUAGUCUGCUCAGUCAGCUGGACACACAGCUGCUGACACAGCAGCUGCAGCAUCGACGCACCAGCUCGCAGCCCAAUUUCUCCAUCUCGCCCCGAUUGCAUGUGGUGCGCGAGGAGGAAGGCGACGAGGCGAAGAGAAAACGGGCGCUAAAGAGUCGCCGUCUACAGCGGCCAGUGGCCAAGUUUCGGCGUGUGAAGAGCUUGCCACAGCUGGAUACGCACAUGCUGAGCAGCGGACAAGGCUGGCGGGGCAAUCGGGCCAGCCAAGGCAGCAGAACGGAACGGCAGGAGGAGGAGGCCAAGCGACGUCGUCAGACCUAUAGUAGUCCGUGUGCGCGCUGGCUAAGUCCUGGUGCCGAUGAUCGCAUCGCUCCCAACGAUUUGCUGCCCUCCACCUCUGCCUGCAGUCGUCGCAGUCAACUGUCCUCCGAUUCCAGUCAGCUUUCCUCCUCCAACGAUGGCUACAAAAGCCACACCAGCAGUAGCAAUAGCAGCGGCAGUGGCAGUGGCAGCAGCAUCACCAUGACGCCCACACCACCGCGCAUACAGCUAAUAAAUUGUGAUGAAAUCGAGAUCUGGACAGAUCAAGGAGCGGCCGCAACGCCCACAACGACUACACCCACAGAAAUACCCCAAGCCGAUAAGGGUCGGCGACCACAUGCUGCAAAACGCGGCAGUCCGCUAAACAAUUUCCUCACGAAUCUCUUCGGAUCGCCGCCCAUCUAUACGAGUUGGUAUAGAACGGGCGUCGGUUGCGAUGCCAAGUCCAUGGAGGUCGUCAACUGUGCGGAGAGCGUGCUAGACACAUUUUUGCCGGUGAAUGGCAAAAAGCUGCGCACACGACGCACACAGAGUCUCUUCGAGGAUGCAGCCGUCAGCAUGCUCGAUUACACGACACCGGCGGCAGCAGCAGAAAUGGCCGCCUUGCCGCCCACCACAAGCAGCAGACCUCUGGACAUUGUGGCCAGCAGUGUUGGGGAUGGUGCUGAUGUUGUUGGAGCCGGCAGCAACACCACCGCCAAUUCGACUUCCUGGAGCCUCAGCAGCGAAUCCAAUAGCAAGCUCGAUAACCAAAGUCUGGCCGCAUUCCUGCAAAUGUCGCGUUACACGCACAACAAUACCGAUCUGGAGAAGGAGAACGCGCACUUUCGCAUCUCAGAGGCGUGCAUUACGGCCAUCGAGCAUGUGAAAUGGACACGACAGGAUGCGCGCCGCACUCUACCUCCAAACGAAGCGAGCAAUGCUGUGAUGCAGUCGGAAACAUUGGCCCAGUUGCCAUAUGCGGAGCAAGUGAAUGCCUCGGAUGCCAUUGAGUCGCACACUGCGGAGGCUGUCGGCCUGCAGCUCAUCUCCAAGUUCAACGAUCAGCAGCUACCCAAGCUGAGCGAACUCAAAUGGCUGGUCUCCGAGGAGGAUGCGCCACAACAGCUCCUUCCCAUGCCAAAGUCUCCCGCAACGGAUCAACAGUCGGGCAUGACGCGCGGCACCAAAACAUGGGCGCCGCCUCGCCAGCAAAUAAUAUUCACAGAACAUCCAGCAGCCAGUCGCUCGGAGCUUUUGACGCGUCAAAACUACCGCUGCGCCGGCUGUGGGAUGCGCGUCUCCAAGCAGUUUGUGCAUCACUUUCGAUAUUGCAGCUAUCUGGGCAAGUAUAUGUGUACGGGAUGCCAUCGCCAGCAGAUUUCGGCGAUACCGGCGAAGAUUCUGCAGGCCUGGGACUUUCGCUGCUAUCCGGUCUCGGUGUUCGCGUAUCGCCUCAUCGAACAGAUGUACGCCUUUCCGCUCUUCCAUGUGCCGGACCUGAAUGCGCAGCUCUAUGGCAAGCACAAGGCGUUGGCCAUAGCGCGUCGUCGCCGCGUCCAACUCCAGUUCAUCAAGGAGUUCAUCAGGGCCUGCCGCUUUGCAGUCAAGGAGCAGAGCUUUUUUGAUGCCAUACCGCCGCACAUUACGAAUGAGCCGGAUAUUUGGUCCAUGUCCGACUUUGUGGAUGUCCAAAACAACAGCAUGACGCGCUCCAUUGAGGAGCUUAUUGCGCUGAGCGAGCAGCAUGUGCAGAACUGUGUGCUCUGCACCGGACGCGCCUUCGUCUGCGAGUACUGUGACAACGCCAAGCUGCUCUAUCCAUGGCAGCGAAAGGUGCAGCGCUGCCUCCAAUGCGGUGCCUGCGCCCAUCAGAGCUGUUGGCGCGCUCGGCGGGAGAGUUGCCAGCGCUGCCAGCGUCUCAACAGCAGGCAACAGCUGGAGGCAGCUAAAAGCAAGAGCUAGCUGCAAGCUCGGCAGCUGGGGCCUCCCUUCCCUGCCCAUGUAUAUAUGUAACUAUCUUAGUAAAGUACCAAACUCUGUAAUUCGAACGUACCUCCUCAGUGUAAGCAUAGUGCAUAUACAUAUGCGUUUGUUGAUUUUACUACAUAUUUUAUAUACGAGAAAGUAUUUAUUCGAUAGUACGCGUUAAUUACAUACAUACACAUAUACAUACAUAUAUAUAUUUUUAGCA